GUGGACGGGCGCAGUGUCUCAAAAGAAGCUGCGAUCGACUGCCGGGCGGAAAUAAUCCUGGGCUACGGUCGAAGAUGCGACAGGGCAUUUGAAGCUCUCUUUCGGAGCUCGCCUGCCGGCUCUGCCAAGGAAGAUGUCCCAGCUUGGACGCCGGCUUCCAUUCGGAGUAAGACUACAAAACAACGGCCUGGAUUGUCGGCUUGGAAACAACUGGCGCCAGAAGCAACGUUAGAGCAGCGAUAACGACGCUCCAGAGUUUGCUGCCGGACGGACCUUAGCCUGAACCGAUGGAAGUACACGGAAAACUGCAGAGACCCAAGCGACCCAAGUGAAAGCGUCCCAGUGCUUCCGUUUGGAGCUCUCUGACACUGGAAAAUGAUGGCUUCUCACGGGAUUGUCGUAUUUGUUCUGCUUCUUCUGGCUUCGAGAGGGUGCCUGGGCGUGACGAUACGGCGUCUGUCCGUGCCGCGCUGGGUGCGCAACGGAACUGACACUCCGGUGGUGCUGGACUGCGAGUACGUGUACAACGAGAACGACCUGAAGCUGGUGGUCAAGUGGUUCUUCAACGACGGCCUGGAGCCCGUGUACCAGUGGAUCCCGGAGAUGAAGUCCCGGGAGGCCUUCGGCGUGCUCCAGGGCCGCCUCGAUCCCUCGUUCUCGGUGAACUCGAGGGACGACUACUCCCAGUACCGCGCCAUUCGAAUCCUGAGACCCACGAGGGAGCUGAGCGGCAAGUACACCUGCGUCGUAGCCUCGCUCGCUGGGCAAGACGCAAGGCAUCAGGACAUGACCGUCUACGUGCCGGCUGAAUCCUUCGCCUUCAACUACAGCUUCCCCCAGGAAGGCAGCCGCGCCGUGAGCCUCAUGUGCACGGGCCGAGGACUGUUCCCACGGCCUGACAUGAAACUGUACGUGAUUCAGUCAGGCCACCGAAAGCCCGUGGUGGUGCGGACGUUCACCUCCAUGUCCUCCCAGAGCCUCUUCGACGUUGUGCUUCACGCUGAGAUGGCCGAGAACACGUUGCCGUCCGUGGCGGACAUAUUAGAGUGCGUGCUCGAGAUCCCCUACAGUAACUACGUGCUAACAAGAAGGAUGAGUCUGUCGCCCGAACUCACCUGGGGCGCCUACGGAUCAUCAAAAGCUUCUGUUUUGCGCGGUCGGUGGCUUUUGUAUAUCGCGUUCCUCUGCAGCAUCUAUAAGGCGUUCGUGCCGCACUAACCGAAUGUCAAACUUUCAAGACGCCCCUGACAAGGAGACAAGACCGUGACAACCCCCCAGGGCACAGCCAUCCACAAGUGUCGUCUGCGUUGUGGUAACCUUCAUCGGGAGUGGAAAGACGUCAGGUUCAAGCCUGGAGUUAGUGCGCGCACAGGACUGGAAGAGUGUGCAUCACAUUCCUCAACGGGGGACACAUUGAGGGCCGUGAACGUUCAACAACGUUUGUUGCAGUUGCCGCCGUCUAUGUAAGGUUUUCUACCUAAUCCACCAAAGUCAGACACGAAAACGAAGUUUCAGGACAUUCUCUCUGCAGAGAGCCAGUCGUCUGCUUCUUGUGCAGAAGUUUCGCUGACGUAUAAAAGACGUCGAACUUUGAUUGGCUUUGAUUAAAAGGGUAGUGAGUAGAUUGGAAUGCUAGAUGCCUUGAAGUUUAAACUUUAAACACAUAUUUUUCAAUCAGUCAGUAAGAGCUCGGCGUUCUGACAUCACCGCAACCCCUGUGCAAGAAGUAGACGAACUUGCGCUCCAUAUUGCGAACUGAUGAUUGUGGUCGCGCUCAAAGUGCGCAUGUAGUACGUCGGUAUCCGUACCGAGAAGGAAAAUGUUGAUUCAUUUGUGCAUGGUUGAUCCUCAGAUUUGGAAGCUACAACUGUGUCAUUGCCGUUGGGCGGCGCGUCAGGAAAAGACUAUAUAUUUCACCGGGCAAAUUACUUUUACGCAGUUAUUUUGCAUCGAAAUAUCUUAUGCGGGUCCUUUAUUCUAAAAAAAAAAAAAAAAAACGCUUCCGCGUAUUUUUGCAGUUGCUGCAUAUAUUAGGGUUGAAUGUCGAUUUAGAUUAUUAAAUAGGGUUUUCCAGCUCAAAAAUCUUUGUGAAACAUUUGGAGUUAAACUUACAAGAGGUGAAAAGAAAAUAAAUUAAAACCUCAAAGAACAAUUACUGUUAUUUUACAAUGAUUUUAUGGCGGCUUGGAACUCCGAACGGUGUAAAUAUCGCUUCUUUAAUAAUCCAUCAAUAACAAUAGAUAAAAUAUUUGCCGGAAAAUGGUCCAUUAAAAAAAAAAACUCUUUGACCAAAUGAAUGGUAAAAUGCGUUACGCUCACAAUUGGAGACGCCCACAUUGAACAAAUGAUCAAUGCGGGCUCAAAUAUAAAAUGAUGGCGUGAAACGUCUGAUGGUGUAAGUACGGGUUGAUAUGAUAUAUCUUGUGAAAAAGACAAGCGAGCAAUUGUUAUUAACAAAAUUAGAACCUUUGUUUUAUGAAAUAAUUUUACAGCCAUCUUUCUUAGUUCAAUGGAGUAUGAAGGUUGAAUACCCAAACAUCUGGUGUUUUUUUUA